ACGAUCGGACGUUAACGUGACCUCAAAAAUGAAUGUAAUCGACCACGUACGGGACAUGGCUGCUGCAGGCCUCCACUCUAAUGUUCGGGUACUGAGCAGUUUGCUGCUGACGAUGAGUAACAACAAUCCGGAGUUGUUCUCUCCAGCUCAGAAGUACCAGCUGUUGGUUUACCACGCUGAUGCCAUUUUCCAUGACAAAGAAUAUCGCAACGCUGCGUGCAAAUACAGUAUGGCACUGCAACAGAAAAAAGUACUCAGUAAAACAUCUAAAGUUCGUACUUCUACUGGUGGAGCAGCAUCUAACAUUCAGGCACAGAAUUUGCCAUCAGAAAUUGAGGUCAAAUACAAGAUAGCUGAAUGCUACACCAUCUUAAAAUUGGACAAAGAUGCCAUUGCUGUGCUCGAUGGGAUUCCAUCCAGACAGAGGACUCCGAAAAUCAACAUGAUAUUAGCUAACCUCUACAGGAAAGCUGGUCAGGAACGUUCUGCUGUGACCAGUUAUAAAGAGGUUCUCAGACAGUGUCCACUUGCCCUGGACGCCAUCAUUGGUCUCCUGUCUCUGUCGGUCAAGGGAGCUGAAGUGGCGUCCAUGACGCUGGAUGUGAUCCAGAGCAUCCCUAACCUGGACUGGCUCUCUGUUUGGAUCAAAGCUUAUGCCUUUAUACACACAGGAGACAAUCAAAGAGCCAUCAACACUAUUUGCUCUUUGGAGAAGAAGUCUCUCCUGCGGGACAACGUUGACCUGCUGGUGAGCCUGGCAGACGUGUACUUUAGAGCAGGGGACACAAAAAAUGCCAUCCUCAAGUUUGAGCAAGCUCAGAUGCUGGAUCCAUACCUUAUCAAGGGUAUUUUUUUCUAUUAAUGUUCUUCAUUUUAAUGCCAUCCAUCCAUCCAUCCAUCUUCAACCGCUUAUCC